AGAGUAACGGUAUUAAACAACCCGCCCAAAGGCAAUUAAGGGUAAAGAACGAAAAGAGAAGAAGAACUUCAUAUAAGUUUUUUCUGCUAUGUCGGUGGAGGAGUGAUGCGAUGCAUGCAAUUUCUACGGAUAUGAUGUUAUUAACCGUGCAUGUUUGUAGGCUGGGAAUAUGGACGGUUCUGGACAGUUCGUGAGAUGAAGUUAUAAUAACUAACUGUCACGGAAAUCUCAAGCGAAUCUACGGGGAACAAAAAGUUUGAUAAAGAGAUGAGCAACUGAUACACAUCAAGAGCGGUGCGGAAAUAAGUAUGCAAAAGUGAUACUUCAGCUUGACAUUUAAUUCUUUAAUGUAGUCUAAUACAAGCAAGGCGCACGAAGGAGAAAGUGGACAGUGACCUUCUGGGAAAGCUCCCAUGAGUUUCAGACGGAGCCGAUAUUGAGAAGUGAGAGAGGGUCAGUGAUUUAUCUGUCGCCGGUGUCGGUCGUACUUUUCUCGGAGUCGGAGAUGGGGGCCGCGCCGGGCUCGGGAUGGGAGGAGGGAGAGUUCGAGUUCAAGCUCGUGUUCGAGGAGGAUCCGCCGCGCCAGAGCCGCUGCGGCCCAGAAGAGACCGAGAGCAGCCAGACGCACCGGGAGCCUGCCGAUAGCCACUUGACUUCCACACAGGCUGGCCAGCCCGUGGGCAUCCCCUUGCCUCCACCGUCAGCCGGCCGCAGGGCUGGGAUGCAUUCUCCACCACCGCGACGGGCAUUAGUCAGGGAGUUCAGUGGGACUUAUGAGAGUCUGCCAGCAAGAUCUAUACAGGUAUCAGAGUCUAGAGUGCUUGAGUGUCCUAGCAUCCAGAUCACCACUAUCUCCCCUGAAGAUGACUCAGGCCCAACAGGGGGAAGUUACUGGGACCGUGGGGGUGGCUGGGACAGGGAGCGUCUAUAUCUGCCCCUGCUGGACUCCUACCGUGAUGUCAUGACAGGGGCAGGUUCCCUCAGCCCCAGCCCCAGCCCUGCUUCCAGUUCCUCAUCUCGUGGAUGGCUGAGUCCAGCUUCCAGCUGUGAUUCUCUCCUGGUGGAGGAGGAGGAGCUCAGUGAAGCUGCCGCCCACUUCUGCCUAUCGCCCUCCUCGCGCCCUACGUCUCCUGGGGGCAAAAAGCGCAGGAACUCCCCAAUGGCCUCCCCCAGCACCUCCCGCAGAAGCAGCUACUCUGAGGAUCUCUCUUCCCUCCCGGACGCGGGAGAAUCCUCGGCUCAGUCUCAGGCUCCAGCGAGCUGUGAGCUCAACAUCCCACAGAAGACCAGGAAGACCUCUCUGGAACAGUUGUCAUCAAGAGACAUUGAACCAGAGCUGACCCCCGUUCAGAACUCUUCCUGCCCCCUCCCAGAGGUCGCUCAGCUGAGAAGGGAGGCCCCCACACUAGGGAUGGACUACCUGUCUGUGCCUCCUGCUCUGGGCUGGGGCAGAACCAGGGCCAGCGCUCACAGUCCUCUCUUUAGAUCUAAUGCACUGCCUCCACUUGACUGGCCACUUCCUUCACAGUUUGACCAGUAUGAACUGCGCAUAGAGGUACAGCCCAGACCACACCACCGCGCUCAUUAUGAAACUGAAGGAAGUCGUGGAGCGGUAAAGGCAUCACCUGGAGGCCAUCCGGUGGUGAAGCUCGUGGGUUACACUGAGAGACAGCCGCUCUCCUUACAGGUGUUUGUAGGAACUGCUGAUGACAGAUCAAUACGUCCUCAUCCUUUUUAUCAAAUACAUAGAGUAACAGGGAAGAUGGUAGGCACAGCUAGUCAGGAGAGCAUCCAGGCUGGCACCAAAAUCUUGGACAUCCCACUCAACCCGGAGAACAGCAUGACUGCCCUCAUUGACUGUGCAGGUAUUCUAAAGCUGAGGAACUCUGACAUUGAACUCCGGAAAGGAGAGACGGAUGUAGGAAGAAAGAACACUCGAGUGCGUUUGGUGUUCCGCACACACCUUCCACUGUCUCCGCCCAUCGUCCCACCAGGACGAGUCUUAGCUCUGCAGGUGGCCUCGUUACCCAUUGAAUGCUCUCAGCGCUCUGCACAGGAGCUUCCUGUAGUGGAGUCUGUCAGUCUUACUUCCUGUUCAGCAGAGGGAGGGGAGGAACUACUUCUAGGUGGGACCAACUUUCUUCCCACCUCCAGAGUUUUCUUUAUGGAGAGAGGAUCAGAUGGCAAAGUCCAGUGGGAGGAGGAGGCACAUGUGGACAGGGACAAAAGCAAUGAGAAUUUGCUGUGUGUACGAGUGCCAGCCUAUAAUGAACUUUCACUGAGCCACCCAGUGUCUGUCUGCCUGUACGUGUCCAAUGGGAAGAGGAAGAGGAGCAGCACGCACUGCUUUAAAUAUCUGCCCAUCAUGUUUAAAGAGGAAGAUCCACUCCUAUCCCGUCCCUCCAUCUUGCCCCUGGAAGGGGUGACGCUUUGCCCUAUGAGCAGCGACAUGAGGUCAGACCUAUCUGUAGAUGACAGAAGCAUGUCUUUCCACCUGCCUCCAUAUCCCAAUGAGUACUCUUACUCCUCGCACGGCUACCAGGAGGACUACUGCCGUAAACCAGAGGUUAUCGAGGACGGUGGGGGUCGCGGCGCCCUGACCGAAAGGCAUCCCAGCUUUGAGAGCUUGGAGCUGGGCUUCACGGAGCUUCUUCCCCCCAUGUACCCAAGAGCCUCACAACCUCUUUCCCCCUCUCCGUCUCCCUCUCCGUGGCUCGACUCUCCCUAUCUGUCCUCUUCACCUUCUCCUUCACACUCUUGUUCUCUGAGCCCGUUCCCUGCUAGCAGUCCGAUCUCCACCUCGCCUCUUCCUCCGCUCUCUCACUCCCCGUAUCCACACUGUCCUUGCCCCCAAGAGAUGUGCUCCUCACCUCCGUCACAUACUAGCCACUAUCAGGACCUGUGCCCACCUUCAUACGGCCAGUACGAGAGCUGGGAGCACCAGAUGCGCCCUGCUGAAAGAGACACCGGCUCUAGCCUGAAGUUGGAGGGACCCCCGGACUUCACGGGUCCUUCAUCAAUGCAGCAUAUCACGUUAGAGGAAGUGACUGAAUUCAUUGGAGAGGAUAUCAGAUCCUUUCAGAUGGGGUCACACAUGGACAGUCGACCUGGAUGACAACAUCCUUUCAGUUGUAGUCCAAUGAUAAUCAGUGUAUAGAUAAUAUCAUAUCAACAUUUUCUGUAUAAUUUUUUAUGGUAUAUUGCUAAAAUUUGGCAAUAAUAAUGAAUACUGUGCUACUUCAGUGGUGAAUCUGUGGUAAAACAGAAGGCAGGUGUACAGUAUGUAACUGUUACUGCUUCCUGACUGCAUAUUUGAAUGGAACUAAUGUUUUUAAUCUGUAUGCAAAAUAAAUUAUCCUUAUAUUAUUAUGUUUUGAUCCACUAAUAUGUCAAUUUAUGGGGGUUAUCAGUUUAAUGAGAAGGUAAUGUAGAACAAAACCUUAUACUUUCCCCAUUCCCUCUUUUAUCUGGGAAACUGACUUAAUUUUUGCAGUCUAUUUGUGGGAUCACUGAACAUGUCCUUUGUACACAGUGUCUUGGUAGUUUAAAUGUGACUUCUGCACCCCUGUUCCCACACAGGAAAUAUUACGACCCUUUCAAACAUCUAAAUAUUUGCAAUGGCAGAAUAUCAUAUUUAAAAUCAUUGAAUUCAUAGUCACUGAAUUGUCAGAAGACCAUGUGGAUGUACUGUGAUUUGUGACUAGUUUCUAUCAUGGUUGAGGGACUUUGGUGUAAAUGAAGUGGAAUAUUUGUCUAUUUGGAUGACAAGAGAGACUCAGCCCCCUAGUGGAAAGUCAAUGUCUAUGUUUUCGCAUAACAUUUGUAUUAAAUUCAUAUUUUUGAUUCAUAAAUGACAACAACAAUACU